AUGGAGGCACCGGAUGCCGCUCGGUCCUCAUCGCCGCCCCGUUCACCGGCGACUGGACUUGAUCUCCCCGCCCGGCUCACAGACGCCAUAUCUGGUCCUCCCCCCGGCACCGCCCUCUUUGCCCUUGCCCGCUUUGAGUUUGAGACAGACAAAGGCAAUGAAGGCACCAAGAUUCUCAUGGUUGAAUGGGAUCCUUCGGCUUCCCCAACCGCCCUCUCGCCCUCUUCUGUGUCCUUGGUGUCGUCAUCCAAGGCAUGGAAAGUGUCGUGGGAGGGAAAAGCAAACUACCUUCCUGCCAGUGACAACGUUAUCGGAACCAACAAGCGUGUAUAUUUCCUGCUCCCCCCUGGUGCCGCCAUUCCGCCUAUCGUCACCAUUACUCAUCCCGACGGUACCGUCCUCAUCACCAAGCCGUUGCCCGCUAUUUUCCCACCUGGUCUGGUGGCUGGCAGCUCAGACGUCGGGGCACGGGGCAUCCUUCAUACCAUCUGGGCCAAGAAGAGGCUGUCCGAGCUUGAAGAAGAGAUCGAAGUCGAGAUGAAGGCCAACGUGGAAAGUGUUGGCUUAGAGAUGGCACUUCAAGAGAGGCAAUGGAUCGUCGCCCAUUUUGGGGUUGCCCCGAGGAACGACGCGGGUGAAAAUACAACGGCUGCCGCAUCUCAGACUCUCCGUAAUCCUGUUCCCCCCAAACCAACACCUGGCGGCAGGCUUGGAGAGAAGCUUAAGGGAUUGAAACUGGCCACGUCUGCCGCUGAUUUGAUUGCUGGCUCGGCUGGUAUGACGCCUUUUGGCGGCUGUUUUGUCCCAGUUCACACGACGCACGCUGACUCGUGGUUUGCAGAUAAGGACGCGCACUUGCAUACCAUAUCAUUCUCUCCAGCGUCCAAUGAUAUGGCGAUCUCAUCCUUUUCGAAUUUUGCACGACAGACAAUACCCGACAACCCACAGCCAGGAGGGUCUAUUUCCUUGGAUGCCGUUCUCAAUAACAGUAGCUUCCCUUCGAAGCGGCAAGACCAGGAACAGGAAGAGGACCUGUUUGCGCUGCCUAUGAGCCCCCGAAGCCCUGAGAUGAAAAGAAGCCCAUUCAGCCUUGGUUGA